UUUUGUAUCGUGUAUAACUUCUAGUUACUAGGUGAGAAGAUCAACGAACUUGUUGGCAUGAUUUUCAUAUUCCUGAUCUCGGUGAUCUUGCUGUUUUCUGGGGCUGAAUCUCAGGCAAGAUGCCCGAGGGGUAAUCCAUUGCGAAGCGUUUUCUGUGGGCGUGGUCCAAAUCGCCAGGAUUGUCCAAGUGGAUAUUACUGUGAAAUUGAUCCAGCAGACAGAUUUGCAAUAUGUUGUCCACAGUGUCCACGAGGAGGACAGCCAUUACCCGGGGUUUUCUGUGGAGAUGGUCCCAACUAUCAGCCAUGUCCCUAUGGAUACGAAUGCAGCGUACAUGAAGUUGACCUCUUCGCUGUGUGCUGUCCUCGAAGUAAGAAUGUUCCUGACAAAAGAUGCCGGUCUGGAUUUUCCUUACGUGAUUUCUAUUGCGGACGUGGAGGAAGACGGUGUCCUAGAGGAUAUUCCUGUAAUAUCCAUCCCUCCGAUAGAUACGCUAUAUGUUGUGUAGGAGGGUACAGAGGGUGACAAGAAUUCACGUAUGGUCAGGAUAUGAAGAUCUGUAGAAUUUAUUUUAAAUAUAAAAGAUGUUUUAAAAUAAAUUGUUUAAAAAAUC